CAACCUCGCUUCUUGAACCGUCCCAGAAUGCCGGAAAGGAAGCAAAUUACCUAGAGCAGUGACCAUUUGGAUUUCCCCGUUCCAUCCGUUUACUCGGCGUCUUCCUCUCGUUCAUCUCUCAGAUGCACCGUCGCAUGCUCAUCUACCAUCACCAUCCACACCUCCGCGCCGAGCUGUGCGCAUUCCCCACUUCUGGCUCCUCCCGCUGAGCCCUCUCGGCCUCAUCAAAUCGACCAUCGACAUGCCACCUCGCGUGCGCCCUGGGUCUGACAACGUGAAACUCAUGGCCAUGGCCGCCGCGCCCUCGUCGAACAGCCCCGACGACCACACCGCGCAUCUCGCGCCCAUCGAAUCGAGCGCGACCGGCGCGGACACGUUACGAGAUGACGGCGCAAAGUCGCCGGAGGACGAGACGAGGGAGAUCGUGGGACGUGGGAAUGGGGAGGGCAACCCCAGAGAGCAGCGUGGGGACGGCACACAGUACAGAGUUUAUAAGAGGAGGUUCUUUGGGUUGGCGCAGUUUAUAUUGUUGAACAUCAUAAUUAGUUGGGAUGUAAGUUGGCCCACGUCUUGCGACACAUAAUUUGCGGGACGCACUCUAUGGAUGCGCUCCAGAUGAGGUAAUCUCAGAGGUAUCGAUAGGGAAGCGUGGCUCAGCUUUGCUGCCAU